AUCAUCAUCUGCUGCAUCGCAUCAUCGCAACAGCGUUUUCAGCAGAGCACAGAACUCCAUCACUAUCUGAGGACUCUCUCCAUCCACAUCAGAGCAGCAGGCAGCCUCAUCAUCAGCACCGUCUUCAUCAUCAUCCUCACCGUCGUGAUCCGAGCAACCACCUUGAUCUGCAUCACUUUAUCUUCAGAGCCACCAACUGCACCACAUCUUCAUUAUCAUCAUAGCACUCGACUUCAUCUUCAUCAGAGCAGCAACUUCAUCAUCGUCACUUUACCAUCAUCUUCAUUUUCAUCAUCGUUGCAUCUUCUUCAGAGCAACCACCAUCACCACCAUCAUCAUCAUCGUGAUCAGAGCAACCACCUUGAUCUUCAUCACUUUAUCAUCAGAUCCACCAACUUCAUCACAUCUUCAUCAGAGCAGCAACUUCAUCAUCUUCAUCAUCAGUUCAUCAGAGCAACCACCGUAGUCAUCACCACAUCUUCAUCUUCAUCAGAGCAACCGCCUUCAUCAUCUUCAUCAGCACAUCAUCAUCGGAGCAACCACCUCAGUCAUCAUCACGUUUUCUUCAUCAUCAUCACCAUCUCCAUCACAGCUUCACCAGAACAACCAACCGCAUCAUCAGAGGAGCAGCCUUCCCUUCCAUCAUUGUCACAUCUUCAUCAUGGUCACAUCUUCGUCACGCGAGCCAUGUCUCUGUCCCUCUCUGCAGAUCUCCGGGGCGACGAUGGACCGCGUCAGCUUGCUGUGGCGCCUGCGGCGGCGUGCUCGCCGCGGUGCUCUCUGCAUGGCCUUCUUCUGUGUCUUGAUGGCGCUGCUCUAUGCUUUCUGCGCCGAGAACAGUGUGUCAGUCACAGACGCCAUCUUCGGAGUCCGAGCACGCACCCGGGCUCAGCCUCGGACCAACUCGGUCAUAAAGGUCAUUCGUGGCGCCAAACCUGUCUUCAUUGACCCUCAGAAGCUUCCGGGCGUGGUCCCUGGCAAUCGCCACCAUCCCAUACCGGUGCUGUCCUCGCCAAACCACACUCUGCUGGAGUCCAGCUCACACAACCCGCCCAAAGAGUCGGCGGGGUUCUUCUGGCGCUUGCUGCCGCGGAGUUUCGCGCGAGCGUUGGACUCGUUGUUUGGAGGCCGGCGCCACAGCGAGCUCCGCACUAAAGGUACUGACGCUGAAUUCUUCGGGCCCAAUGGACUUCUGGGUGAAGUGUGGGACGACCAGAUGUCCAGCAGCAUGCUGGGAACCAGACUGAAGAAGGUGGUGCAGAACUACCAGGCCAUGAACAAGUACGGCGUGGAGUUCUCCAGCCAGAGUAUCCCGAGUCGCCCCCGACUGAGUGGGCCAGAGCUUCUUUGCCAGCUCAAAGACAACGUUAAUGUCACCAGCUUAACAUCGGACCUGUACCCGUUCUCCUCCCUGCCCUGGGCCUCCCAGCUGCCCCCAAAGCCACUGACCUCUGACCUGGGUCCUUAUAAGAACUGCGCUGUGGUGUCGUCCGCUGGGUCGCUGCGUUUCUCUGGGCUUGGAAAAGAGAUAGAUUCCCAUGAUGCAGUGUUGCGCUUCAAUGCUGCACCCACCGCCGGCUACGAGAAGGACGUGGGCUCUAAAACCACCAUUCGCCUCAUCAAUUCACAGGUCAUGUCCUCUGAGGACCAUCGCUUCCUGUCCAGUUCCCUGUACAGCUCAGGUGUGUUAGUGGCCUGGGACCCGGCGCCGUUCUCCGCGGACCUCACACAGUGGUUCAACCAGACGGACUAUCCGAUUUUCGGUCAGUACCAGCGGUACCGGAGGCUCCACCCGCUGCAGCCCUUCUACAUCCUCCACCCCCAUCUGGAGUGGCAGCUGUGGCAACGCAUCCAGGACAACAUGCUGGAGCCGAUCCAGAAGAACCCGCCGUCCUCUGGCCUGCUGGGCACGGUGCUGAUGAUGUCCCUGUGCGAGGCGGUGCACGUGUACGAAUUCCUGCCGUCACGGCGGAAAACAGAGCUCUGUCAUUACUACCAACGCUUCUACGACGCCGCCUGCACGCUCGGCGCCUACCACCCGCUGCUGUACGAGAAGAACCUGGUCAAGAGAAUGAACCGCGGGUCGGACCGGGACAUUUACACCCACGGACGGGUCACUCUGCCUGGCUUUGGUCAAAUCAACUGCAAUACCACGGCAGCUACUGCAUGAUGACAUCAGAACUGGGGAGGUCCGCGGUCCUCCUGCUGACACGCCCCCACACCUGCUCCAUUCCUGCACAAGUGAAGGCUCCAGUAACAGUUAGCUUUCCAUUCCCAUCGUUCAUCUAUAGGAGGAAACCUCAGCGACACCCCGGCCAGGUCCAGCGAACCUCAGUGCAUGGGAUUUGUGAGUGAGAACAUUUACGUCGGGUCUCAGACCAGGACGUCACUAAGGUUUCUGACACGUGAAGGUGAAGAAAGAAGCUCUUUAGCUGCGUUCUCAGUCGGCUUUUAUUAGGACGUGCGUUUACAAACGGCGAUGCACACCCCGACCUUUGACCUCAGUUAUAGUCCGACAUCUUCAGCUCAGCAGACAGAAAAGGCCUGUUUGCUUCAUCGUUUCGGUUUCUGAGCUUGUGUUCGCCUGAAGGUCACCUGAGAUUUGGUCGCUUCUGUGAAGAUUCUGUUCAAAGAAUCCUCAUCAUCAUCGUCGUCGUCAUCUUGAAGCUCGAUGAUGUCACUGCAAGCAAGUCAGGACAACAGUGUUGUUGACUCGAGAAGGUCUGUGACCUUUGACAUGUGAAACAACACUCGGAGUCCUACUUUGGCUUUACUCUCGAACUUGACGGACACGGCUGGACCCUGGAACCUGAUGGGCCUGGUCGGACCCCAGAACCACGCUGAGCUGCACGAGAGAGUUAAAUCAACAUGAUGUAGUCAUCGGAUUUUCAGCCACUAGGUGGCGCUCUGACACCAUUAUCAAGACACCAGACUGCUGUAAGAGUCUCGUCCGCUUGUUUCACACUGGAAACUCAUGAAAUUAAAAUGAUUUAAAAAA